AUGAGAGACACGCCUGUCGAUGAUAUGACGAGUGAUGAGGUAGCUCUUGGCAGUGAGCUGGGGUGUCAUCCAAUUAGGCUUAAUAUUUGUGAGGUACUGCAGCAAACAGCCGUCAUCGUUGUCGUCACCGAUGAAACAGUAGUUCCGUAUCAUCCUGAGUGCCCGAUCAUGAGGCGUCGGACUGUACCGUGUGUAACGAACCAGCCUCACUUUCAGUCACCUGUCAACAACGUCGAUGGUAAUUUGCCCCGACCUGCUCUGAGCGGCCUACCCCCGCGCAGAAUCUAUGUGCACCCCGACGAGCAGAUCGAGGCCCUCCAGUCCGGACAACCUGUCGACACAGAGGCUGCACAACGGCCAGAAUUUGAGUGGGUUGUGCCAGUUCACAUCACUGAGAAGCUGUCCCUUCGCAAAUUCUCCGCUAUAUUCGACACUUUGGACGUGCUGCCACCUGGGACCGUAGUGCAACCGGCGGAGCGGGAUAUGCUGUCUUCCGGACGAGAUUGGAGAGGUGCUGCGCGCCACAAAAGGAUACUCGUGGCCGUCAUACACGCUGAUUCCACCAUAUCCUAUUAUCUUGUGCACGAUGGGAUUGUCAAGCCUCGACAAAACUGA